UUUCAAUAACAAGAUGGCGGACGAUGGUACUUGAAAAUGGUGAUGAAACAGUCUGUAUAUGAUUUUGCUUAAAUCAUGGAAUGGCAGAGAGGUUCUACAAGAGUAGAUGACAAAGAGCGAAGGAUACUGCUGGACAGGUUUUAUAUUAGAGUGAAAUGUCAAAUUCUCAAGUACCAGAGUGGAAGCAUUGGACUAUUUCCUUUACAUACCAACGCAGAUGAUAAAAAAAAGGCAUGCGAGAGUCAUGUACGCGAGAACAUCUAUUGUGCAAUGGCUAUCUGGGCAUUAGGACAGGCUUACAGACAUAUGGAUGACAACCAAGGCAGGUACUAUGAAUUAAAGCAGAGUGCUGUCAAGUGCAUGCGGGGUUUGCUGUUUUGCUUCAUGAGACAAUCAAAAAAGCUUGAGUUGUUUAAGAAGAAUCAAAGGAGCGAGAACUCAUUGCAUGUGAUAUUUAAUGUUAAUAAUGGUGAUGCUAUGUACCAUGCUGACACAGAGUACCCUCAUUUACAGAUUGAUGCAGUUUCUUUGUAUUUGCUGACAAUGGCUCAAAUGAUUGCAUCUGGCCUACAGAUAAUUUACACUACUGAUGAAGUGAACUUUGUACAAAAUCUUGUAUACUACAUUGAGAGGGCAUACAGAACACCUGAUUAUGGGAUGUGGGAAAGAGGAACAAAGGAGAACACUGGGCACAAGGAACUUAAUGCAGUGUCUAUUGGUAUGGCAAAGGCUGCAUUGGAGACUCUGAAUGGAUUCAAUCUCUAUGGCAACUCUGGGACUUCAUCGUCUGUAAUCUAUGUUGAUCCUGAUGCACACAAYAGGAACAGUACAAUCCUACAUUCCUUGCUACCUGUAGCAUCCUCAUCUAAAGUAACUGAUGCAUCCCUWUUAACCAUCACUGGUUUCCCUGCUUUUGCCAUUGAUGACAAUGACCUUCGCGAUAAAACACAAGCAGAAGUAKUGGGAAACUUGGAGGGGAAAUAUGGUCUAAAGCGCUUCAUCAAAGAUGGAUAUAAAUGUGUUCUAGAAGACAGAAAUAGAAUGUAUUAUGGCAAACGAGAACUUGAGCUUUUUCAUGGUGUAGAAUGUGAGUGGCCAAUAUUUUUUGUAUAUCUGGCAAUGGAUGCUCUGUUCAAGCGUGACAAGGAGACRGCCAUGCAUUAUGUAAAAAUGUUACAAGAUAAUUUACUGCUCAGUAAAGAUUCUGGUGACGUCCUUCCCAAGUAUUAUUUUGUGCCCAAGUUUUAUAUUGAUGCAGAGCGAAACAAACCUCACUCACAAGUCAGACUUCCAUGUGAUGYKGCUGAUAUUUUCUUGUGGGGUCAAGCUUUGUUAAUUAUGACUGAAUUACUAGCUGAGAAUCUAUUAGAUGUAAAUGAGAUAGACCCUAUUGGGAGGCAUAAGAAGAGAUAUGGAUACACUAACGAUAGAUAUUCCACAUUUGCAAUUGCUGAAACUGAUUUAAUUGUACAAGUUGCACUUAUUGCAGAAAGUAGRAAUUUACAGACAAUUCUCUCAACUUUUGGUAUUGAAACACAAACACCUCAGCAAAUUGAACCUAUUCAAAUAUGGCCUCCCUCGCAGCUGAUAUUGGCCUAUGAACGACUUGGUGUCAACCGUAAGCUAAGCUUGUUAGGCAGACCAUCACGACCUAUUGGUGCCCUAGGGACUAGUAAGAUAUAUCGUAUCUUAGGCAAGACUGUUGUUACUUAUCCCAAGCUACUUGAUGAACAAGACUUCUACAUGUCAUGGGAUAUGUUUCUUGUUAUUGAUCAGAUUAAGACUGUCAUUUCCUUUGUGCGUAGUAACUGGAGUAUGAGAGGCAGACCAACAGUGUGUUUCUUGUUGAGAGAAAACAACUUAAGAGGCAAACAUUUUCAUGAGAUGCUUGAGUUGCUUGCAGCUUUCAAAAAUGGUGAAUGCGGUGAUACCAAAGUUCGUCUUGGUAAACUUCAGACAUUGAUAUCUACUGGAUGUGUUGAACACUUGGACUUUGUGCAACCAGAUGACAAAUUAAGGCCUGCAGAGGACACUUUUGAGGAGCUGGAAGAAAACCGUGUCAAAGAUGUAGAUGUGGUAGAUACAAGAUUUACUAGUCCUUCAACCAGCAGUAAAGAUCAUAGUAGACGUUUCAGUCGGUUGAGUAGACAACUUACAUUACAAGAUGAAACUGACCAUGGGGUUGAGUCUGAAGUUGAGAGCAAUGCUAAAGACCUUGUAACUAAGUCACGUGAAGCCUUAGUAGCUGAGCUGAGAGCCCAUCAGACUUUGAAUCGACAAAUGCUUAUCCUCCAAGAGCUUUUGAAACGUGAAGGCAGAGAUUAUCGCACACAGGACAAAACAAUCAAUGAACACAUUGAUGAAGUCUACCGUAAAGCUGGCUAUGAUAGGAAUUGGUCAGUUGUACGACGAGGAGCAGGGCUGCUGAGACAACUGGUUGACAGCCUGGCACCUGGGAUAACAACCUUAUUAGUAUCUGGAAAAGUGGUAACAAUUGGUGUUUAUGGUCAUGAAGAAAAGUUUAUUUUUGAACCUAUGACUCCUGCAGCUAUUCAGAAUGCAUUGUACACAUAUUGUUAUCCUCAUGAUGUCAGAAUUAUUUCUUCUAAGCUUUAAAUGGUUUUGUACCUGGCUUCAUACAUGGCUACAAUGCCUGAGGUUUUUGAAGGAAUGCUCAAGAUUAGAAUUGGAUGGAUAAUCCAGGCCAUGAAGCAGCUGUUAAGUUAUGGAAAUAACCUUGGUUCUCUUUAUGCUCAGCCACCAAGUGCUGUUAAGAAACUACUCAAAAUAGUUUUACUAUCAAAGGGCAAGCUUAAUGGUCAAGAUGUUACUCCMAGGACACCUCUUCAAAAACGACAACUUGAUGGUGCUGUUCAUCGAACUCCAUUAGACUUUUAUCAUAAAGUGUGGAAUGUACUCUGUAAUUCACCUGGUGGGAUCAUGGUCAGCCAACAUCACCUUCACCAGCUUCCUACAAUAUCUGACAUGACGCAAAACGAGAUAAACUUUCAGCUUAAAGUAGAGGAAUUAUUAAAUGGCAUAUCAAACCCAGAACACAGACAACUGAUUGUUGAAUUGAUAGUGGUAUUGGCAACAAUAUUGCAGCGUAAUCCAGAAGUGAAGUUUGAAGGAUGUGUUGACUUGGAUGCAAUACUACAAGAUGCCAUCAACAUUUUUUAUGUAGAACAGGAAAAACAAGGCAAACCAGCAACCCGAGAAAGCUUUUACAACACACCAUCUGAAGGCAAAGGUGGCACAACAGCAUACUUGACAAGAGCCUUGGUUAACAGAUUACUAGGAGAGGGAUUGGAUCACACUGCAUGUUCUAUUUGCUAACGGACUUACAGCAAUAGUCUUCAAGGUUCCCUGAAUCAUMUUGAAAUGGUUUWRAUAUGGUUCCUUUACACAAAAGCAAGAAGACCAGUGUGCUUGGGAUGAUUGUGUGUUGGUAUGAAAGAAUUUAUCUGACAUUGCAUGCUGAUAAGUUGUCUUGCAUGCAAAGAUAUACUUACUUUUCAAGAUAGUACAGAGAACCACAAAAAAUACUUCUGUUGAAUGAUAUCUGAACAAGUACAAAGAUAUUGAUGAACUGAGCUACGCUCUCUGUUAUUUUGCUGAAUAAGUGGCAGUAAUUGCAGUAUAUAAAUUAUGGGACUGAGCUCCCUUCUCCAUAAGAGGGUGUUUGAUAACAAUUUAUUUGGCUUAUUAUGCUUGGUAAACAAGAUUCUCAAUGUACAGUAUAACUGACUAUAAUCUGACCAAUAAUUUAUGAUUGAUGUGAUUCAAUAUAAGCCUUUUUUAACAUGUGUAAUGAUAAUGAUGAUGAUGAAAGUAUUGCAGAGCUAUCAAAUAGACAAAAAAAAUGACAAUAUGUGUUAAAGAUUGUAUUGAAUAUUUGCAUAAAAAUAAAGCAAUAUUGCUACAA